CGCGAGAAUCUAAAGCUGCCAUGUUGGAAAUUCUAGUUACAAAUUAAAGUCACCCAGGUUUUUGCUAAGUAACCUUCCAACGUUGUUCAUAUGGCUAAAAUUCAAACGAAAACCCAAUGAUAACAUAGUGGAGUAUAUAUUAAAACAACUCAUUCUAAGGAUUUUAGAUGUUGAUGGAGAAGUAAUAAUAAAACGAAACGAAAGCUGAAAUAAUUUUUUGGAAAAAACAUCAGAUAUUGGAAUACAAUUAAUUUUAAACGGAAGCUGCUGUGAAAUUAUGAUCAUUGAAGAACCAGAACAGUUCAAAGGAUGGUUAACAAAGGUCCUUACUCCUAUUUGUGAUGCCGAUCCAGCAGCUCUAGCUAAGUACAUAGUUGCUCUUGUGAAGAAAGAGAAGCCUGAAGAUGAUCUCAAAGAGCUUUGUAAAGAACAGUUAGAUGUCUUCCUCCAAGAUAAAACUGAAGAGUUUGUAAGCACACUGUUUGUAAGUUUAGGAGAUAAAUCCUAUUUGAAAGCUGAUUUGGCCCCAGUAAGUACUGAUGGCAAGGAGAAUAGUAAGGCACCAGCCCAACAAACAGACACAAAGAAACGCACAAAGUCAGAUGAGGACAGACAUGUAAGAGUUAAGGAAGUGCCCGAUGAUAGGGACAGAGAUCCCAGGAGGCGAAGGUCAAGGAGUCGUAGUAGAAGUCCUCGUGAUGGCAGACGUAGAUUCACUGAGAGACCCAGUGUAAAAGACAGGCUGGGACCUGCACCGACUGUUCCCCCACCCCCCAGUCUUCACAAUCACCCACCACCCCCUCGUGAUCGCUAUCCACACGAUGGCAAUUUCCGUGGAAGGCGACGAACAAGAAGCAGGAGUAGAAGUCGUAGUUUAUCACCUCGACCGAGACACCGGUCAUGGGAUAGACGUCCUAGAUCAAGGUCACGGUCCUGGUCAAGGUCACGCUCAUUUUCAAGGUCACGAUCGAGAUCAAGGUCAAGAUCUCCAAGACGUAGAAGUUACAGCCCACGUGAUGACUAUAGAGUGCGUAAAGCCCCUGCUGACUCUACCCCAAGCCCUAGAACAGACUUCAGGCACCACAGUCCCGGACCCUGGAGACCUCCUCCCCCAAGGAGGCAGCGAUGUCGGGAUUACGAUGAGAAAGGAUUCUGUAUGCGAGGGGACUUGUGCCAGUUUGAUCAUGGAGUCGACCCAGUCAUUGUUGAAGAUGUGAACUUGCCAAAAGUUUUGUCAUUCCCGGGUGGACCUAACCCCCCAACUGGACCACCUGGCCCACCAAGAGGACCACCUGGCCCACCAAGAGGACCACCUGGUCCACCCAGGGGACCACCACCGCCUGGUGCAGUGAGACAUCCCGGACCUCCACCACCCAGGGGUCCUCCUGCAGGUAUGCCUGGUCCCCCUCAUGGUAUGGAAGGUCCUGUUAUGCCAAGGCCCCCACUCCCUGGGGGUCCUGGAGGUCCUCCUCCAAUGCAGCCACAGCCAAGGCCUCCCAUGGAAGGUUACCAGGGAGAGAGGUACAACCCUGAGGCACCUCAUCCCCAGGGACCCCCUCCAUUCUGGCAAGGUGGCCCAGGGGGUCCUAGGGGGCCUCCCCCUGAGAGACCACCCCACCCUGGACACCCCCCUCAUAUGAUGAUCCCACCCAGGCAAAGAGAUCUUGUCACCAUCACUCCUGUAGAUAAUGGAGCACCACCCCAACAUCCCCAUGGACAACAACAUCAUCAACAACAACAUCAACAACAUCAACAUCAACAAGAGCAACAACAACAACAAGGAGUGAAGAGGCCAUAUCACAACAAUGUUGACAGACAACCACCAGCAAAGAGACCAAAUAUGGAAAACAAAGGUGGUUACAAGAAAGCGCCGUUUGAUCCUACAAAUUGUACUUUGGAAGUGCGCAAGAUCCCAUCAGGUUUUAACAAUAUUGCCAAACUUAAUGAGCACUUUGGAAAGUUUGGCAUCAUCACUAAUCUUCAGGUGAGUUACGAAGGUGACUCAGAAGGAGCUUUGGUGACAUACGCCAGCAAUGGACAGGCAGCGGCAGCAUAUAGGUGUCCCGACCCAGUCUUCAAUAAUAGGUUCAUUAAGGUGUUCUGGCACAAUAAAGAUCAAGAAUCAAAUAAUUCUGGUCCUAAGCAAGAGAGCCAUAAAUCAGUGAAGGAUCGGUUAGGAAUCCCUCCUCCUCAUAAAUUGCAAUUAAACAACACUAAAGUACAGAAGCCUACCAGCACUGGAACUGUGUCCUUGACCCCGACUGGUAAUCUUACAAAGACAGUGAUUAACCAAUCAGCCCUUCACACAGAACAACCCCAACAAGUACAAACUCAUACACACUCAACAGCAGCCCCUGUACCAGUGAACCCUAAGAGAAAAGUAUUACCCUCAAAAUAUGAUCUGCAGAAGAUGGAAGUUAUGAAGAAGCAGCUUGAAAUUCAAAAGCAGAAGCAGCUGUUGCUAGGGAAACAGCUUCAGCAGCAAAAGAUGCUCAUCAGCAAAUUGGAGACCAACAAAAAUCUCACAACUGAAGAAAAGAAUGCAAUUAUGAAGACAAUAAAAACUGUCGCUGAUAGUAUAGAGAAGUUAAAGACUGAGGCAACCGUGACUCCAUUACAAUCUGCAGCGCCAUCUAUUCCUGCAGUUCCUCAUCAUCCCCAUGGAAACAAAAGCCACCAUGAACCAGUCAGCCCAACUGAUGCUCAGAAGGAGAUACUGGACACAGAACUAGAGUUAAUGACUCAGCAAAGCACUGGUGCAGACACAACUGAUCUCAGACAGAAGCUUAACUCACUCAAAAAAGAGGCUGCAUCAUUGGGUCUGAUUAGCCGAGGUGGUGGGCGUGGCAGGGGGCGUGGUCGAGGGUACAUGAGGGGUGGAAGGGGGCGUGGCUAUGGUAGAGGUGGAGGAUUCCAUACUAUAGAUAGGCGGUCCAAGCAGCUGUCAGUGACAGGGUUUAAUGUUGAAGACAAAGAAGAACUUGAGGGUCACUUUAGUGCGUUUGGUCAAUUGGAGAGUGUUGUUCACUUAGAUGAAGGAACUCGUGCAAUAAUCAGCUUUGCUACCAGGCAACAGGCGGAGGAGGCCAUGUGUAAUGGUAGCAGAUUUGGCUCAAGUGGUUUAGUGAUGUCCUGGUUCAAGCCUGGUGCAGCCCCUAACCCCCCACCUCAGAGACGCAAGUCCUCCAUUGAUGCAACAGCCCUUCUAGAGGAAGACGUAAAGGACACUGAGGACCAUGCUGAGGCUGAAGACCUUGCAGAUGAAGAGGAUGAUAUUCUAGAUGAGGAUCUCUUGCUAGGUGGAGAGGAGGAUGAUGAAGAUGAUGAGGAUCGUGGCUGGAAACGAUGAUACUGAUGAUGUCAUAGUGUCAUGCAAAACACUAUGAUGUCAUGUAAACACUUGAUGGCAUAUCCGUACUGUACAAACUCCCCUUAUGGUGGACCUUUGGUGCCUAUUAUGUAAAUAUGGCAUCACAUGUAUACUAAUGAUGUCAUGUAAAUGCUUGUGAUGUCAUAAAAACUAUUAGAUGUGAUGGGUGAUACAAACACUAAUGAUGACACACAGUGUCAAACAAACAUUCAAACAAUUAAUUUCAAGUUAUUGUUGAUUUGAUAAUUUAUAAAUUCAUUCUUGUACACAAGAUGAUGCAAUGUCUAAAAUGUUGCAGAAAUAUAAUGCCAUACAUGUACUUUGUGGAUGUUACAAGGUUAUGAGGGUAAUAUUAAGAUUUAAGUGCAAACGCAAAAAAUAUAUUGUUAAACAAACAAACUCAUUGUUUACACAAACAUGUAAUGUCAAAAUAGCCUUAAUAAUACCUCUUACAUUGUGAGUAAACAAUAAGUGUCAUACAAGACUUCCGGUGUCAUACAAUGGAUUCAAGUCAUUUCAUACUGGUAAGAUGUCAUGAAGGAUUCAAUAAUUGCUGAAAUAAUGCACUUAAUAGUAAAACUUUGUUAACCAAUGGUUUGUUCCAUAUUUGGGCAUAAUACACAAAACAUGUUUUGCUUACUUAUUGAGCAGAAAUUUAGUUUUAUCUACAGUGUACAUGCGUUUUGCUUGUCCCCCAGUUGUUUGAAAAAUCAUGACCACUCAACAAAAUUUUGAAUUAGUGAAUUCACCAGAACGCAAAUGAGUAGAAGAUUUAAAAAUUGUAAAAGUUGCUGGUAUUAAUUAACACAUUUUCACUGUAAUAGAUCAACUGUGGUUAUUAUACGUUUACUCAUUUAGUAAAUGGCUUGCUUCAUUGUGUUAAAAAAUAGAGGCAGCCAAUUGCCUAAUAAGCUAUGUCUAUGAUAUGUUUGAUGAUAAGGGAUGGUAUCCAUUUAUCAACAGUUGUGGAAUAACAAAAUUAGUUUU